AGAGAGUGAGUGAGUGAGAGAGAGAGCUUAACAGUGCAAACCAGACAGGAUAAGGCCUGACAUUCUGUUAGAGCAACACGGCUGCAGAGCAAGACUCCCUCUGAUUGUGAUUGUGUGUCUCUGUGUGUGUCUGUGUGUCUUCUCUGUACACAGAGUGGCUUCAUCAGUGUGUCACAGUCCCACUUCUCCUGUGUAAUCGCUGGUGGCCGGGUCCAGGGCAGCUCUUUCUGCCUCAUUCAUUGGUUGUGGUCCUGCACAGCUGCGUGUACCCAUUGACUGUUCAGACUGAGACAGAGGCGCAGAAGUCAGAAUGUUGGUGUAUUUGGGAGGAGUAAGGAAUGGUCUUGGCCUGCUGGCUGUGCGGAGGGCUUACCUGCUCUCGCGCUCUGCCCAUACCUCGCCUCAGACCCUCGAGUAUCGGCCAAUCAAAAAGGUCAUGGUAGCCAACAGAGGAGAGAUUGCAAUCCGUGUGUUCCGGGCCUGUACAGAGCUGGGGAUCCGGACAGUGGCCGUGUAUUCUGAGCAGGACACUGGACAGAUGCACAGACAGAAAGCAGAUGAGGCCUACCUGAUUGGCAAAGGCCUUCCUCCUGUCGCUGCCUACCUCCACAUACCAGACAUCAUCAAAGUGGCAAAGGAGAAUAACGUGGAUGCCAUUCACCCUGGAUAUGGCUUCCUGUCAGAGCGCUCUGAUUUCGCUCAGGCCUGUGAAGAUGCUGGAGUUAGAUUUGUUGGUCCAAGUCCAGACGUUGUGCGUAAGAUGGGUGAUAAAGUGGAGGCUCGCGCUCUGGCCAUCCAAGCUGGUGUUCCAGUGGUCCCUGGUACAGACGCCCCCAUAACUUCUCAGCAGGAGGCUCAUGAGUUUGCGAAGACCUACGGCUUUCCCAUUAUUUUCAAAGCAGCAUAUGGAGGAGGUGGUCGUGGCAUGCGUGUGGUCAGAGAGUAUGAGGAGUUGGAGGAGAAUUAUCAGCGAGCAUAUUCAGAGGCUCUAGCAGCUUUUGGAAAUGGGGCUCUGUUUGUGGAAAAGUUCAUAGAGAAACCACGUCACAUAGAAGUGCAGAUUCUAGGUGAUAAGUAUGGAAAUGUGAUUCAUUUGUAUGAGCGAGACUGUUCCAUUCAGAGACGCCAUCAGAAAGUAGUGGAAAUUGCCCCCGCCGCUCAGCUAGACCCUCAUCUCAGAGACAGACUCACUUCCGACUCAGUCACCCUGGCCAAGCAGGUGGGCUAUGAGAACGCAGGCACUGUGGAGUUUCUGGUGGACAAACACGGCAAGCACUACUUCAUCGAGGUCAACUCCCGCCUACAGGUGGAGCACACCGUUACUGAGGAGAUCACAGAUGUGGAUCUGGUCCAUGCUCAGCUGCGCGUGUGUGAGGGCCGGAGUCUUCCUGAGCUCGGCCUUAAGCAAGACAAGAUCAGAAUUAAUGGCUGUGCCAUCCAGUGCCGAGUCACCACGGAGGAUCCCGCCCGUGGCUUCCAGCCAGACACCGGCCGUUUAGAGGUGUUUCGGAGUGCAGAGGGAAUGGGUAUCCGCUUGGACAGCGCUUCAGCGUUCCAGGGCGCGGUCAUUUCCCCACAUUACGACUCCCUGUUGGUCAAAGUCAUCUCCAGCGGGAAGGAUCUGCCCACAGCAGCCAGCAAGAUGCUCCGAGCGCUCGCCGAGUUUCGCAUCCGUGGGGUGAAGACCAACAUUCCUUUCCUCCAGAACGUUCUGAGUAAUAACCAGUUCCUCCACAGUACCGUAGAUACCCAGUUUAUUGAUGAGAAUCAGGACCUGUUCAACCUGAAGCGCACUCAGAACCGCGCUCAGAAGCUCCUGCAUUACCUGGGACAUGUGAUGGUAAAUGGCCCAACUACUCCAAUCCCAGUCAAAGCCAAGCCGUCUUCCACAGAUCCAGUUAUUCCCCCUGUUCCUUUGGGUGAACCACCAGCUGGUUUCCGCGAGGUCCUGCUAAGAGAGGGUCCGGAGGGUUUUGCGAAGGCUGUGAGACAGCAUCAGGGUCUGCUGCUGAUGGACACGACAUUCAGAGAUGCUCACCAGUCCUUGUUGGCCACACGUGUAAGAACACACGACCUGAAGAAAAUCGCCCCAUACGUCUCCCACAACUUCAACAACCUCUUCAGCCUGGAGAACUGGGGAGGAGCUACAUUUGAUGUGGCUAUGCGGUUCCUGUAUGAGUGUCCAUGGCGGAGGCUGCAGGAGCUCAGAGCUUUAUUACCCAAUGUGCCUUUCCAGAUGCUGCUGAGAGGAGCCAAUGCAGUGGGAUACACUAACUACCCCGACAAUUCUGUAUUCAAGUUCUGUGAGGUGGCGAAAGAGAACGGGAUGGAUAUUUUCCGUGUGUUCGACUCUCUGAAUUAUCUGCCCAACAUGCUGCUGGGGAUGGAGGCAGCCGGCUCAGCUGGAGGAGUGGUGGAGGCAGCAAUCUCUUACACAGGAGAUGUUUCAGACCCCAUGAGACAGAAAUACUCGCUGGAUUACUACGUGCAGCUGGCUGAUGAGCUGGUCAAGGCUGGAACACACAUACUGAGCAUUAAGGACAUGGCUGGCCUGCUGAAGCCUGAGUCGAGUCGUAUUCUGAUCACUGCACUGCGGGACCGUUUCCCAGACAUGCCCAUCCACGUCCACACUCACGACACGGCGGGAGCAGGUGUGGCGGCCAUGCUGGCGUGCGCAGAGGCGGGGGCGGACAUCGUAGACGUUGCCGUGGACUCUAUGGCUGGCAUGACCUCUCAACCCAGCAUGGGAGCUAUAGUGGCCUGCACCAAAGGCACCAAGCUCGACACCGGGAUCUCUCUGGAGAAGGUCUUUGACUACAGUGAAUACUGGGAGGUGGCUCGUGGCCUGUACGCUCCUUUUGACUGCACAGCCACUAUGAAGUCUGGAAACGCGGACGUGUACGAGAAUGAAAUCCCUGGAGGCCAAUAUACCAACCUGCAUUUCCAGGCCCACAGCAUGGGUCUGGGUAACAAGUUUAAAGAGGUGAAAAAAGCUUAUGCUGAGGCCAACAAACUGCUGGGCGACCUUAUCAAGGUGACUCCCUCCUCUAAGAUCGUGGGUGAUUUGGCACAGUUCAUGGUUCAGAACUCACUCUCUCGGGCAGAAGUAGAAGAGAGGGCGGACGAGCUGUCCUUUCCCCUCUCUGUGGUGGAGUUUCUGCAGGGACACGUUGGUAUACCCCAUGGAGGCUUCCCUGAGCCCUUCAGAUCUAAGGUGCUGAAGUCGCUGCCUCGUGUGGAGGGUCGUCCUGGGGCCACCCUGCCCGCCAUCGACUUCAAAAAACUGGAGGCUGACCUGAAAGCAGAGCACGGCAGUGAAAUCACACCUGAAGAUGUGAUGUCAGCAGCGAUGUAUCCAAAAGUCUUCAAGGAGUUCAAAGAGUUCAGGCGCAGCUUCGGCCCAGUCGACCGCCUCAGCACCCGCCUGUUCCUGGAUGGGCCAAAUAUUGCAGAAGAGUUUGAGGUUGAACUGGAGAGAGGAAAGACUCUACAUAUCAAAGCGCUGGCCUUGGGGGACUUGAACAAGGCUGGGCAGAGGGAGGUUUUCUUUGAGCUCAAUGGUCAGCUGCGGUCAGUCCUGGUCAAGGAUACAGUGGCCAUGAAGGAAAUGCACUUCCACCCAAAGGCUCUAAAGGAUGUGCGUGGUCAGGUGGGAGCCCCCAUGCCAGGGAAGGUGGUGGAGGUGAAGGUGAAGCAGGGCCAGAAGGUGGAAAAGGGUCAGCCUCUCUGCGUCCUCAGCGCCAUGAAGAUGGAGACUGUUGUCAACUCUCCGCUCUCAGGGACUGUGGCCAAGGUCUACGUCAAGACUGACACCAGUCUAGAAGGGGAUGACCUGAUUUUGGAGAUUACAGAGUAAAUGUUAAAGGCUGUGAACAGGGUAGAGGUCACUGGGGUUUUACCACCACAGGGAGCCUCCUAAGGACUGAUGAUUCUUGACUUCUUCUUUCAAUGAGAUAAAGGAUUGAAACAGGUGAACAUUUUACUCACCUAAUUAGUAUUUAAUUGGACCCCAUUAAUCUUGAAGCUGCCCCUGGCCCUAGAUGUACAAAUGCAAGAGAGGUUCGAUGCUGAAACUGUUAACACUUUACUAAGCAACACAUUUUCAUUUAAAACAAUCUUAACAGUAAAUUUCUAUAGCUUUUAUUACACCUAGGGAAAGUUUGUACUGCCUUUGGGAAGAAUGUGUGACUAUAUUUGUAUGAAAGGUGAUUAUAGUUUUGAAAUGAAUGAACUUAAAUGUACAUCAUGGAAAUAAUGAGGAAUUGCAAUGAUUUUGAAUGUGAAUGUAUGCAUUUGUAUGUUUGUAUGCUAACAUUUCAACUGAAACAUUUUAAUAAGAUGCAAAUUACAUUUUAUUUUGUUAGUGUUGCAUUAUUGAAGCGUAAAACAAUGUUUAUGUGAAACAUUAAUAGUAAGCUGGAAGUGCUGUAAACACUAAUGCACAGAAAUGGGAGCGUGGUCAUAAUAUCAUAAUCUGCAUCAUAUUUCACAGCGUUGCAAAAGCAAUAAUGUCAAGUAAAAAUGAUUACAUUACAUAUUUAAAUUGCAGGGUCGCGCUAAUGUAUGUUUCAGUGAAAUGCUACAGCACUCAACAAGCCAAAUCAGCCAUUACUCUUGGCGUGGUUGACUGAUUAAAGGACGUAUAAUCUUUGCUUAUGUACUGCAGGGAGGAAUAUGUAAUGAUGACACACUGCUCUACAUAGCUGUGACAAACGCAUCCUUUCCUCCACCUCAUCUCUACCUGGACAUGUUUGUAACUAGACGCAUAAAGGCUCAUCUUUCAAGCCGCUUGUACAGCGAGGGGUACCGCUUGUACUGUCACUCUAAGUGCAUAGUCACUUAUUAAACAUGCUGUGAUAGGAUGUGCUCAUUUCUAAAGCGGAACACUGUCUCACCUCAAUCAAUGUUUCAUCUGUCUGCACUUUACUGAAGUCUAGACUGUUCCCACGAGCAGAUUUAAGCUACUGAGCACACCGUGCAUUGUGGAAAUGCACAAAGCUCUGUUCACACAGCAUAGACAGACUCUUGUACAUAGAGGUAGAGGUCUUCUUUCCUGGGACUACGAGCUAUACCUGGCAAAUCGAUUUUUGAUAUUUCUGCUGGUGAUGAAGCUUUAAAGCUGGAUUGCGCACAAAAACCCUUGACUCUGACAUAAAUGAAGUGACAUUUAAGUUGUUGCCAUAAAAAAGGGCACAUUUCAAAAUUAAUAUUCCACUCAUGAAAGCUCUCUGUGCUAUAAAAUCUGACUUAGGCUUUCUGUGCAACAGCAGCUGAGGCUGAUAGUGUGGAAAUAGCCCUCGGACACAAACGCUCGCUCUUAAAUUAAGGGGCUGCAGAAGUGUAUUUGGGUGCACUCUGGUUUGGUUUCAGCCUUUUAUACUGGCUGGCUUAUUGAGAGCUUUAAAAAAAAAAAAAAAACGGCUUUUCAUUACAUUUCAAGGGAUAAGUGGGUUUCUCCCCAGAACUGACAUCUCCAUACUCCGCCCACAAAUGUGUUGUUGCUACUGUUGCAGCUAGACAAGUUUAAAUAUUAGCAUAAAUCCAAAAAUCCCAUUCCAUCUAUUAACAUGCUAUACAAAAUGCUUUAAUAUAAGAAACAUUGUUUUUACGUUUUGGAAUAUACACUGACAUGCCAUAUACAGGCUCUGGAACACUUCAGUUUCUAAAUCAGAUUCUCUGAUUUUGCUAUUUAAAGGUAUAUGUUUGAGUAAAAUGAACAUUGUUGUUUCAUUCUAUAAACUACAGACAACAUUUCUCACAAAUUCCAAAUAAAAAUAGUAAUUUAGAGCAUUUAUUUGCAGAAAAUUAAAAAUGACUGAAAAUAAAUAAUAAAAAUAAAAAGAUGAAGACCUAAAAUAAUGCAAAAAUAAAUCAUAUUAAUAAAGUUUUAAGAGUUCAGAAAUCAAUAUUUGGUGGAAUAACCCUGUUUUUUUAAUCACAGUUUUCAUGCAUCUUAGCAUGUUCUCCUCCACCAGUCUUACACACUGCUUUUGGAUAACUUUAUGCCACUCCUGGUGCAAAAAUGUAAGCAGUCCAGCUUGGUUUGAUGGCUUGUGAUCAUCCAUUUUUCAAUUUAGUAAAAACAAAUAAAUUCAUAAUUUUCAA